UGAUGUUUGAUCCUAUCUAUAUUGUAAAGAAAAAAAGGGCAUAUUAUAUACAUAUAUAUUGUUUACUGUUUAUGUUUCAAAAGUGUCGGCUCAACUCUAGACUUAUUUUGCCGAUUAAACUAUGCUCAUAAUUGAAAAGCCAACCGACUUGUGAGGGUGAAGAUUGAAGAUCAGGUUUUAGACCUCAAUGGCUGUUGCAAAUGCCCAGCUGGGUCUCCCACUUGUUCUUGUUUCUUGUCUGUUGAUUGUUACAGGUUGCCUGACUUGUCAGGAGCAUCUCAACAAACAUGUUGCGCUCUUCAUUUUUGGUGAUUCGCUUUUCGAUCCUGGAAACAACAACUACAUAAACACUAGUGCGGAAUUCCAAGCCAACUUUUGGCCCUAUGGUGAAUCAUACUUCGAUCCUCCAACUGGGAGAUUCUCCGAUGGCCGUCUCAUCCCUGAUUUCAUCGCUGAGUAUGCAGGACUGCCGCUCAUUCCGGCGUAUCUGGAUCCCCGGCAUCAUGAAUUUGUAUACGGAGCAAACUUUGCGUCGGGAGGAGCUGGUGCAUUAGUUGAAAGCCAUGCUGGAUUUGUGGUUGACCUUAAAACACAGCUAGAGUAUUUCGGAGAUGUAGAGGAAGAUUUUAGGCAGAAUUUAGGUGAUGCAAAAGCCGAGCAGCUGCUGUCUGAUGCCGUCUACUUGUUUAGCUGCGGAGGCAACGACUAUCUGAGCCCCGUGGGCAACAACGAAAGUAUUGUUUAUCCCUAUACCCAUGAAGAAUACGUGAAAAUGGUGAUUGGAAACUUGACGGAUGUGAUCAAGGGAAUCCAUGGGAAAGGAGGAAGGAAAUUUGGAAUUGUUACGGUGCCACCACUAGGGUGUUGGCCAAGCAUUCGUGCAGGACGGGCAGACAAUAGUUGCAGCGAAGAGAUUGAAAUGAUAGCAAGUCUGCAUAAUGAGUUAGUUUGGAAGAAAUUCCAAGAGCUGGAGAAGCAAUUGGAAGGAUUCAUGUACUCAAAAUACGAUCUAUCGACGGCCAUUAGCAAGAGGAUGAAGGAGCCAUCAAGAUAUGGGUUCAAGGUUGGAGAGAGUGCAUGUUGUGGUAGUGGUCCGUUUGGUGGGAUCUAUAGCUGUGGAGGGAAGAGAGGAGCAGCGGAGUUCGAUCUGUGUGAGAAUGCAAGCGACUAUCUAUUCUUCGAUUCGAAUCAUCCGAAUGAAGUGGCGAGCCGGCAAUUUGCAGAGAGGUGGUGGAAGGGGGAUUUGAAAGAGGCAUCGCCCUACAACUUGAAGCACUUGUUUGAAACAAGGAUGGCCUAAUCCUAAUAUUUAUUAAAAUCAUCAAGAGCUAGCUUUUAAAUAUAUA